CUUUUUAGAAGAUGGUCUCCCCGGCUUUUUGCCACACUCCUUCAGCAAGCCGGGUUGUAAGCUGACAUGUACGCUCUCCAACCAUGGAGGUAUCCCUUGCAGAACGCCAAUGGGCUUCGCUGACAUAAGUGUCACUGCCUCUCACAGGCAGACGGGAGAGUAUCUCAAGAAAGUGCUUGAGGGCUUUUGCGGCAGUGAGUCCGCUCCACUAACCAAGCUGUGCGCUCAGCUGACGUGUCUCUUACAAAAGCCUCCGCAGACACUCGGAGACAUCUUCGCGUUCUACUAUGGCUAUAUCACAGAUUACACCGGCGGGUUUUAUGGAGUAAAAGCAUCGCAGACGCAUACGCAACAAGCAUUUAGAGAGGCUGUCAACGCAGCAUAUUUUGGAACGCAAUAUGGAGGCCUUGAUCCAAGUAUAUUGCUUGAUAAUCGUUCGCACCGUGACGCGCAUUCCAAGGGCGAUUUGAUCAGCAUAAGCAGCUGUACGUCUGCGUCAGUAGUACCUUGUGGUCUGUAUGUUAAAUCGCUGACGCAGGAAAUCACUAGGUAUUACUCCGCCGAACACAAGGCCAAUCACCUGUCGUGGAUAGUCUAUAUCACGGAGACAUUCUGCGAUCUGCUUAAAAAAUUAUAUGAUGACUGUUGCAAGAAAUGUGGACCAGCCGGAAGUAAGUGUCAUGUGAAAAGCUGUGUCGAAAACUGCCGAGUCAAAUACACUGAUUCAACAGGGAAGCCUACGACUCUAUCCCCUACCCACAACCAUUCGGCAAAAUGCAAAUCAAUCGUCACGUGCCGUGAUACUCACCCUACCCUGUACAGAUACGGUUUUACCUUCGGACAUCCAUGGGGACUUAAUGGCUCUGGUAAUAAUGAAGGGGCUAAAAGGACUUGCAGAGAUUUCUGUGAAGCGAUGAAAAAGAUGCUCGGUGAAAAUUCGGGUAUUAUUCAAUUACGACAUCAAAUCGAUAAGUUCCUCUGGGAUAUCAGAGAGAAAUUCUCGAUCACUGUAUUAGCCCUCUGGCUCCUCUCUUUCCUGUACCUGCUCCACAUCAUGGUCAUCCGCCUCGACCUGCUCCACAUCAAAUGUCACUUACACUCACCAUCAUCACAUCGUAUCGCCGCUCAAUCACUACUUGCUGCUGGACGCGUUAACAAGCUUAACAGGGUGUUUUAUCUGCAACCAUAA